AUGGGACAGACAAUUUCAUCUGCUUUAUCUGGUGGUAUUUCAUCAAAUAAGAGAGCUAGAGACGAGGAUUCCAAUGAUACUUUUCCCAGCUCAAACGACUCAAAGAGAGUUAAAGUGGACGAUGACGGCGACGACGAUAGCAAUGGAGCAGUAGAUAACGUGAAUUAUAAGGCUGAUAAAGAUGACAAGGAAGACGGCGAAAUUUCUGAGUCUGAGGAUGCUAAGCCUGUUAAUAUAUUACAAGAACGAUUAGAUAAAUUGAAAUGGCAGUCAAAGCAAGCUUCACAGCAUUCAGUUGGACAUAAUCCACAGGUGCAGUUGGGCGUACAGGUAGGGGCAGACGCAGGGGCACAGGCAGUAGCACAACCACAACCAUAUGUACAGCCACAGCCACUUCCAAAUCCUCAACACCUCCCACACUCUCACUCUCACUCUACGAGAUAUCCUUACAAUACCAAUCUCCCUAAUGUACCUUUCACAAAUUACGACGUAGAACUGGUUAAAAGUGGUCUAAUUAAUGGCUUGUCUUUUGAAUUUCUACAACAAGAAGGCGUUGAUAUCAAUUUACUCAACUACUCUGCAUCUUUGAUCCAUUCAACCCCUUCAAACACCCUAGAAGCAGGCCAAAGCACGCGUAAACCUCCAAAGAAAGGUGUAAAUUUGGAAAUAUUCAACCAGAACAAGCAACUCUUCCAAAGAGAUCCAAAGACCCUUACGAAAGCUGAGAGGAAGGAGAGAAAGAGAAUUGCAAGGUUAACAAAGAACAAAGUAAAAGACGAGAGCGACAAGAGGAAGAAUAAAAGGCAAACUCAGGCAAAACCAUCGACUUCAAAAUCAUCAGCUGAUGAAUUUUUGAAUAGCCUCGCACUCUCACCUCACAGCCAAUCUGCCACAUCUGCCACAUCUGCCAGCUUAGUUGAACCUCCUUCACAAACGUUUAACGCAUCACAGAAACCGCACAAUAUACAAACACACACACACUCAAGCAAAACACCAUAUUUGAGAUCUAAACCAACUGAAAUAAUAAUCACCCCAAGUGAUGAUGAUGAUGAUGAUGAUGAUGAGUUUGAGAAUGUUGAUGACACUUCCAAAAAUCUCGACUCAACACGCUCCAUGGAAAAGAUUCCUGAGUGGGUUGUUGGUAGAUUAGCUCCUAUUGCUUCAACUAGCACUCCUACACCUCCACCUCCACCCAUGUCUCUAUCUCAAAGAGCAGCACAGGGCGAUGUUAAAGCUCAAAAUGAACUCAAGAGGAAGGAGAAUGAAAUAUACGAAAUGCAAUUAAAGAUCAAGCAGAUGGAAAUCAAGAGAGAGAAGCAGAAACUGGAAGCUAUGAUGAUGGGAAGGAUGAAAGGAGGUGUUGGCAGUAGUAUCAGUACAAAGAAUACAUCAAGUAAUACUGGGAACAAUUUCAACGAUGAUACCACGAUAACUACGAGCACAUACACUCAAGUGGAAAGUUUUGCGCAAGAAAAACUGAUUGAGACUAAGAAAACCAAGGAAACCAAGGAAACUAUUGAGGUUGAGCGUUUGGGGGGUGCUGAGGAUGUCGUUGAAGAGCCAACUGACGAUGCUGGUGACGAUACUCUUAAUAUUAAGAACCUCGAGGAUGCCCCAGACGCUCAAGAAGCCUUUGAAAUGUCAAGUAGUUUCCAAGACGGUGGUAAUAAACCUGUUUAA